GGACGGCACAACGGCUCUGUGAAGACAAGCCAUGUUUAUACUAAUCUGCCGCUACAACCGUGUCUUUGCCUACCCCGGCGAUGACAUCACACUGUCCUCUCACCUCUCGCCUGAAACCAGCGCCGUGCCCAUGGAGGUCCGGUGGUUUCGGGGGAUGGAAUGCAUUUACCUGUAUAAAAACGGCCAGGUGAGCAUCGGGAAGGGCUACGAAGGCCGGGCGAGUAUGCUCACUCCAGAGCUGAAGCGGGGAAACGUGUCCCUGAUCCUGAAAUCCAUCUCGCCCGUGGACACGGGAAUCUACACCUGUCAGGUGCUUACUGGCCACAACAAGGUGGAGAAGUCGAUACAUUUAUACAUGUCUGGAAUGGAGCCACUUUCACCUGAUAUAAUAGGACCGAAGCUCACCGACCAGGACAGCGUGGACUUGGAAGAAUCUGUCGUCAUACUCGAAUUAAAGAAAUUAUUGCAGCAACGGGAAAAAGAGCUUCAAGAUAAAACCAAAGAGCUGGAAACCACGAGCGAAAUGCUGAAGACAAAGACGAGCCUCCUGCUGUAUACAGACAUGGAUUUGGAGAGUAUGAAUAAACUGGCAAAUCAGAACGAGGAACAUUUAAAGAACAUGAUGAGUGAGCUGAAAGCAUGUAAGAGACAAGUGGAGACUCUGGGACAAAAACUGCAGGAGAAGACCAUGCAGGUGGACGAGCUCCAGGCCGUUGUGAAGGACAAGGGGCAAAAGAAACAUCUGCAAGAGAACUGUGAAGAACAGCAUUUUACAGAGAAAUUAAAGAGCUCAGCACAAUACACCGCAGACCCAGAGGAACCUGCCCACUCCCUUGAGUUGAAGAUUCUGCUACAGAAGAAGGAAAAAGAGCUUGAAGAGAAAUCGAAGCAGCUGGAGAGCACAACAGCGGCGUUGACCAGGAUGACGCACCUGCUCCAGGAUAGAAACACUGAUGUGGAGAAUUUGACAAAAGAGCGAGACGAGUACGUGAAGAACGUGAAUGGUGAGAUUGAAAUGUGUUUACGGGAACUGGAGACCCUGGGACUGAAACUGCAGGAGAAGAACGCGGAGGUCGAGGAGCUUCGGGGCUUUUUAAAUUACAAAGAGCUAGAGCUGGAAAAGGGCAGUGAAUGUCAAGUAGGAAGUGGACAUGUGAUUACAGCAAAUCAAGCAGUCGGCGUUUCUCAUGAGCCAUUCGUCUCCGAGCUCCUGGAGAAGAGCGAUGACAUGCUGAGCAGGAUUUACCACAACCCAAAAGAGCAGCUGGAAGAAAUUGAAAGCUGGAUUUACGCAAAGAGAGAGGAGAGAAGGCUGAGAGAAGAGAAGGAGAGGACGGAACUUCUUGAAAAAGAGUUUAUCGACUAUGUCUCGGCGGUGAAAGAGCUGAUCGAGAAAAAGACCGAGAAGAUCGUGGCUUGGGAGCAGAUGAUGGCGGUGCUUAAGAAUAAGCUAGAGGUUGUAGAGACGGAUGAGGAAAGAGAGGCGCUAGAUAUGCAGUUACAGGAGGCUGUAGGAAUGCAGAAACAAGGUCAGGAACAGAUAGAGCGGCUAAGCAAAGGCAUCGAGGAGAAGAGGACUGGAAUUGAGGAGAAGCACAAGCACAUGAUGGAGGAGAUCAACGAGAGAUACAGCGCCGUGGCCAGGAUUGAAUCAGAAACGGACAUCCUGAAAUUCGUCCUACCUGACGUACAGACGUACUUUCGGAACGUAGCUGCAGACAUGAAGAGAACUUUGGAUGCAUGGAGACACGUCAUGCAAGCUUUCCAGAUCUCUGCAGACGCACAAACCACAGAUCAUACAAACGUGGAAAUCAGAGUUCAGAAAGAGAUCGUGGAAAAUCGAACCAACAGUUCGGCCGAAGAACUCGAAGUGGUUGGAAUGAGUUCGGCUAAAAGCAGUCCAGAAGUUAACAACAACUGUUACCAGACAUUUAUCCGCAAAGUAGACGCACGUCCACACAUAGCUGGAGAACCUUACGAUUCUAAUGGCGAGGACACCCAUUCGGAAGAUGAGAGCAACGAAACGCUGAAUAGCAUGCGAAUAAUUAAGUGGGAAACGAAGCAAGAGCAGGAAGAAGUGAGGGAAGUGAAUGAGUAUGAUGAAACAGGCGAAGAGGACACCGAGUAGACUUUCAGAGACAAAUCCCAGUCCUGGAACGUGAUUAGGACUGACACAAUAAUCAUUUUUUAUGAUGAUUCCCUAGCAAUAUCGCUAAAUAUUUUCUUCAUACUGUAUUUAAUUAAUCAAAAAGAAUUGUGUGGUGUGUGUGAUGUAUUUACAGGGUGUACAGGAUGUGAUCAGAUUGUGGAUUUGCCUAUGUUCACAUUACUAGCCUGAAGUGACUCAAUUCAGAUAUCUUUUACUCUAAUGUGACACAGAUCUGACUUUUAUUUUAGAGCUGUAUGAACGCACAAACCUGAUGUUUUUCAGAUCGGAUCUGAGUCACUUUUGUAUGUGGUUUCCGCUCGGAUAUACAGGUAUAUCUGUUACGCAGGUCAUGUGACUUGAGUGAGAACGGCCAGAUUGUGUGAAUGAGUGCUUACGGUAAUUCAUGACGCGUUUUAACCCAGACAGUGUGAGCAAAAACAUAUCGAUGUGUGCCGUUUCUGAGGACAGAGAUGUUCACGUUAGAGUCAGAUAUGAACCAUAAUGACACGCAACUCUAAAGAAGAAAAGAACAAAGAAACAAUUAAAAACGGAAUUGAGCAAGGUGGCUUGUAAUGUGAACGUAACCCCAGACUCCUGAACAGUGUUUAGAUUAGAUUAGAUUAGAUUAGGCACAGAUGUACAGUAUCUAUGUCAGACUUUUAGGAAUUUUUAG